UAUAAUCACGUUUUCGCUACUUAUAAAUCUUUUGUUAAAAUUCAGUUUAUAGCGCGUUCCUUCGCUCUGCUCGUUUAAAAUUUUAUUGCUUGUGUUGUUUCCGUUUUUUGUUUCACAAUUCAUUUACCAGUGGGUUUAUUCUUCCCUCUUCAAUUAAUUGUUAGUGUUAUUGAUACAACGAGCUGAGUUCUCGAACAUAAUUUAAUCAUGGAGGUCAGUUAUGGCAUUGGAGUGAAAAAUAGGUAUGCUCUUUUCAUGGCUGAUGAGAAUGUCGACCCACUGGAUUUACUUUCUAAACCUUUAAAAGAUAGUAGUUCAAAAGGUUCUGCCACUAUCAACGAAACAAAUAAAAUUCACUCCUCUGAAUCCCAUUCUGCCUCCGCUGCCCCGGUUAAAGACAAUCAAGCUUCCCAAGGUAAAGGGAAGAGUGUUAAGAAGGUUACUUCUAAUUCCAAUGAAAACCAGGAAUCCAAAGGAUCUGCAAAAGAAAGGUCUAGCAAUGCUGGACAGAACAAGGACAUUGUAAAUGGCGAUCGUGCUGGCGGAAACCGUGACCGCGACCGCGACCAAAGAAACAGAUCUGGUCCAGGCCGAGGAGGUCGACCUGGUAACAGAGGUGGACAUCAAGAAGGUGGACGAGGCGAUCAUGAUGAUAAUGGGCGUCGAUUCAAUCGGGAACAUCGGGACAAAGAAAAUCGAUCAGAUUUUGAAGGACGAGGUGAAAGAAGAGAGGGUAGAGGUCGAUCUGACUUUAACCGAGGUGAACGCAGAAACCGAGACGAGGGCGGUAACCAUGAAGGCCGGGAAAACAGAGAACAAAGACGUGAUUUCAAAGAUUCUGGUGCUGACACCAACAAAGAUGCUGCAUGGGAAGCAAAGGAAUGGGGUGGCGCCGACGCUUGGGAUACCACCACUUUUGGCGAUUCAUCAUCCGAUAACAAGAAACCCAGAGAUCGAGAUGAAAAUAGAGAAGCUAGAGGUGGAGCUCGUGACGGUCGUGACGGUCGUGGACGAGGCGGAUUCAGAGGACGAGGUCGAGGACGAGGUGGAGGACGAGGUGGUUUCGAUAACCGAGGCAAACGAGAAUAUGAUCGACAUUCAGGGUCUGACAAAACCAGUAUAAAACCCGUUGAGAAACGUGAUGGAGCCGGAUCAUUCAAUUGGGGUUCUCCCGUUGAAGACUGGGGUCGAGAACCUGAUACACAAGCCUCACUCGAAGACACACAGGAAAGCUCAGAGGAAAACAGUAAGAAAGAAAAUAAAAUUGGUGACUGGAAUUCUGGAGAAGAAUCUUCUAAAGACGAAAUUAAAACCGAAGAAGAGCAAGCUAAAAUCGAGCUGAGCUAUGAUGAAUGGAAGAAGAAGGAAGAUGAGAAGAGGGUAGUUCCAAAAUGGAACAUUCGAAAGCCAGGCGAAGGAGAAGAGAAUAAUCCUGAGUAUAAAAAAGGCUAUGUGCUCAAGAAAAAAGAUGAUGAUAACGCUGAUGAUGACGAAUAUGAAGAAAUCGAAGUGGAAAUAAGGCACGGAAGAGAAAAGAAAUUGUUAGAUAUAGAAAUUAAUUUCAAGGAUGAAAAUCGUGACAUGAGGAGAGGACGGGGUCGUGGAGGUCCAAGAGGUGGAAGAGGAUCUGGACGUGGUCGGGGAGACAGGGAAGGCGACCGUUCUGAUCGACGAAGAGGAAGAGACACUUCUAAACAAUCAGCUCCAAAAGUUGACGAUAUGGAAGCUUUUCCAUCUCUUAAUGCUUAAGCAUAAGACAUAAAAAAGUAACACAAAAGUUGCGAGAAACACCAUGGAUAUAUACUUUUUUUUCGUAAUCUGCAUUCAAUAGCGGAAAUGGGUUCGAUUGAUACAAUACUCAAUCAAAGUAGCCCUUUAAAACUCGUUAUCUCGCUCCUUAGCCAUGGCUCAAAACUAUUUCCCCAUCUAUUGAAAAUAAACUCUGUUUAUUCAAUAAAUUAUUUAUAAAAUUAA